UUAAAAACAUCCAUUCCCCAAACAACCCCUCACCUCUCCCUCUUUCUCCAGCACACAAACACAGACCAUCUCAUAUUCUCAUUCUGCCAUUUUUAGACCUCUAAGCUUCCAUUAAUGCAGAUGUUAUUAACACUUAAAUCAUGGCUUCUUCUUCUUCUCCACACCCCAUUUCUUACAAAUUCAUCAUCUUCCUUCUAAUUUCAACAUCACUACACUUAUUAGCCUCAACCCAAUCCAAAUCCUGCACAAACCCCACCUCUUCAAAACCCAUAAUCUCCGGCAACUCCACUAUCCUCAGCGAAAACAAAACAUUUGUUCUCGGUUUCUUCCACACAAACGACGAAUCGAAAUGGUAUUUAGGGAUUUGGUACGCUACAGUCCCCACACCCACCUACGUCUGGGUCGCCAACCGUCAAACCCCGUUGACCAGCCUCAGCACGUCGUCGUUUCAGAUCGACGGUGCUAAGCUCACGGUGACGGAGAAUCAAGAUUCACGAUGCGACGUCGUUUGGGAGAGUAUUAUUGAUAUCAAUAUUGAAAAUAAUAAUAAUAAUGAAGAUAAUAAAAUGGAUGUGAAGCUUCUAGAAGAUGGGGAUUUGGUGGUGGUUGACUCUGGUGGGGUGGUUGUAUGGCGGAGCUUUGACUUUCCGGCAGACACGUUUUUACCGGGGAUGAAUUUGACCGUUGGUCAAACGUUGACUUGCUGGAAAAGUGAUAAUGAUCCGGCUCCCGGGAAGUAUUCGCUGCGGUUGAAACCACCGGAUUACGGUGAGGUCGAGCUUUUGUUUAACGAAAGUAGAACUUACUGGAGUAGUGGUAACUGGACCGGUAAUAUUUUCUCCGGUGUACCGGAAAUGACUUUACCGUACAUUUACCGUUUUUAUUUCACUAACCCGUUUACCGAAACGGCGACGUUUGGGUUUACUGAAAUAACGAGUCAGCAAAAACCGCUCACACGGUUUAACAUAGAUUCAUCCGGCCAAAUCAAGCAGUACACGUGGUCCCCACAGACGGAAAACUGGAACAUGUUUUGGAAUCAGCCGGAGAAUCCUUGUAGGGUUUAUGGGUUGUGUGGGAAUUUCGGGUUUUGUAAUGCGAAAUCCGUGUUGAAUCCGUGCAAAUGUUUCGAUGGAUUUCGAGCGUUGGAUGGAACCGGGUGGGAUGCUGGAGAUUAUUCGGGUGGGUGUGUGAGAGAUAGCGAUAAGAAUUGCGAAAACGAUAGGUUUAAUGAUAUCGGGGAUGUUACGUUUGAUCAAGAGAAGGUUGAAUCGUCUUCGGGUAGUAGAACUGAUUGUGAACGGAAGUGUUUAAGUAAUUGUUCAUGUGUUGCUUUGUCGUAUAAACCGAAGACGAAUUCGUGUAAGAAUUAUUUCGGGCAGGUGUUGAAUCUUGGGAAUUCGAGUUCGGAUUUGGGGAUAAUUCAGGAUUCGUUGAGUAUACGUGUUCCUAGAGGGGUGAAUGGAAAGAAGAUUGGGGCAAAAACAGUUGUCGUAAUAAGCAUAGUUAGUUGUUUUGUUGCGGUUUUGUUGAUGGUGAUCGUUGGUUUCGUGGUUCUAAGGAAGAAAACGCUCAUGAGAAAGAAACUGGAAGAGGAAUCGGUGUUCCCCGUGACGAAUUUGAAGGUGUUUACAUACAAAGAGCUUCAUGCCGCCACUAACGGGUUCUCGGAGCAGCUGGGACAUGGUGGGUUUGGGGCGGUGUUUAGCGGGAAUGUGGAUUCGACCAUGGUGGCAGUGAAGCGGCUGGAACGACCUGGUGGUGGCGAAAAGGAGUUUCGAGCGGAGGUAUGUACGAUUGGUAAUAUUCAACAUGUUAAUCUUGUUAGAUUGAGAGGUUUUUGCUCUGAAGAGUCACAUAGGCUACUUGUUUACGAUUAUAUGCCAAACGGUCCGUUGAGCGUUUACUUGAAAACGGGUGGGCGAAAUCUUGAUUGGGACGCUAGAUUUAGGAUUGCGGUAGGAACCGCUAGAGGAAUUGCUUAUUUACACGAAGAAUGUCGGAACUGUAUAAUACAUUGUGAUAUUAAGCCCGAAAAUAUUUUACUCGAUCAAGAUUUUUCGGCUAAGGUGUCGGAUUUUGGUCUCGCAAAGUUGAUCGGACGCGAUUUUAGUCGGGUUUUGGCCACCAUGAGAGGAACAUGGGGUUAUGUUGCUCCUGAGUGGAUAUCAGGAGUGGCUAUAACCACGAAAGCGGAUGUUUAUAGUUACGGGAUGACGUUGUUGGAGCUGUUAGGGGGUCGGCGGAACGUGGAGGGGCCGCCGGAUGGUGGUAAUGGAGGUGAGAGUAAUGAAAAGUGGUUUUUCCCACCGUGGGCGGCGAGGAGGAUAACAGAGGGGGAUGUGGCGGCUGUUGUGGAUGAGAGGCUUGGCGGCGAGUAUAACAUGGAGGAGGUGGUGAGAGUCGGGUUGGUGGCGGUGUGGUGUAUACAAGAUGAAGAGGUGGCUAGACCAACAAUGGGGAUGGUGGUGAAGAUGUUGGAAGGGGUGGUGGCGGUGGAGGUUCCGCCGCCACCUAAGCUGCUUCAAGCGUUGGUUUCCGGCGAGUCUUUUCGUGGCGUUGGCGGCCAUAGUCAAAACGGAACGCUUACGGGUGUGUCAUAUGAAUCAAAGGAUUCACAGCCUGCUGUUUAAGGUGAUAUUUUAGUCUUUAAUCAACAAUUCUGUUAAUAGUUUAAUAGUUAAUACCAAUGUUAUGUUUAUUUCG